AUGGUGGCGUGUUUUGAGCAAAAGCCUGCAAUUCUUGUAGUGCAAAUUCUUGGAAGUGUUCACUGGUUAGUCUCAAACAACCCCCAAGUGAAUAACCCUAUACCUUCCAACUUGAAGUCAGAAGCUAAAAAGGCAGCUAAAAUAUUACGAGAAUUCACAGAAAUAACUUCCAGAAAUGGACCUGAUAAAAUCAUACCUCCCCAUGUAAUAGCUAAAGCCAAAGGCCUUGCAGUUUUGUCUGUUAUCAAAGCUGGAUUUUUGGUGACCGCUCGAGGCGGAAGUGGAAUUGUAUUAGCUCGUCUUUCUAAUGGAACCUGGUCUGCUCCUUCUGCAAUAGGAAUUGCUGGCCUUGGUGGUGGAUUUGAAAUUGGAAUUGAGGUUUCAGACUUAGUGAUAAUAUUAAAUCAUGAAAGAGCAGUAGAAGCUUUUGCCAAAGGAGGGAAUCUUACACUUGGAGGAAAUCUUACUGUGGCAAUUGGACCUCUGGGGAGAAACUUAGAAGGGGAUGUUGCCCUGAGAAGCUCUGCUGCUGUCUAUACAUACUGCAAAUCUCGAGGACUGUUUGCAGGUGUAUCUCUGGAAGGAACCUGUUUAAUUGAAAGGAAAGAAACAAAUCGCAAGUUUUAUGGGCAGGAUAUUCGGGCUAGUGCCAUCUUGCUUGGUGAUGUGCCUUUUCCUGCUCAAGCAGAAGAUCUUUAUGAAACUCUAGCAUCCUUCACUGAAGUGUAUGAAAAUGAAGAGCAAAAAAAUAAUCCAGGAAAAGCUGUAAAUGACCCACCUGCUAGACCAUCAUUGAGACCAGAGCCACCUAAACCCACUGUUAGGCCAACACCACCAGCUAAAAAGAAUACAAACAAACUUUAUCCUGAACUUCCAAAAGAUUAUGCCUCUGUGGGUAACUCUUGGAGCAAUCCAGUAGAAGUGACAGCACUUUAUUCAUUCGAAGGACAACAGCCGGGUGACUUGACUUUCAAAGCUGGAGACAAAAUCACAGUCACAACUAAAACAGCUUCCCAGUUUGAUUGGUGGGAAGGAAGAAUAGGAGGACAAACUGGCAUCUUUCCAGCCAAUUACGUUGCCAUAAGUAACAACUAA